UACAUCUGCGCGGCCAACAGGUGGCACUGCGCGUGUGACCCUCUCAUUUCGGUCAUUUAUAUAAGAGAAGUGGAUCGAAUAGAUACCCCGCUCGUCUCUAAUAAAACGAUCCUAUUAGCCUAAGUCUCCUGAGAGCUUUCGAAACGAGCUGCGAGGAAUAACGGCGCACGUCUCGAGAAAAAGGUCUCCACUGCGCGACCCUGACUUAACCGCCGCAGACAUGAACACACCCUGAUGAAGGAAAGUGUAGGCUUGUCACUGGCGGCCCCCUUUUUUUUUCUCCGAUUUUCGCACCUUUUGGCAGGACUCUCGCGCGCGUAAGCCCGAAUUCGUGAAGCCCUUGAGCAGAAGAUACCCUCAGGUGACCGAAAAGAGGUGAAAAAGAUGAAGGCGUUGCGGAAAAAUGAGGAAGAAGUCGUGAGUGUUUGUGUUGGUUGUCACCCUGGUCAGCUGGAGUCUCACUUGUAGUUAGAAAGAGUGGAAAAUAAAGAGAGUGAGAAAGAAGGGUGUUGCUGCAGCCCGGAAGCGGUGGCGAUUAGGCGAUUAGGGAGUAGCAUAGAAGGUGUUUCCCCCACGCCAGAGCUGAGGUCUUGAUGGUAGAGGAGUAGUUGUAAGCACACAGUCGUCCUUCAUGGUGGAGGAGGGCCUAUACCAGCGUGUGGCCCUGGAGUCACCCUCGCAGUCCCCCACGCAGUCGAGUGACCACCUGCUCGACAACAAGUGUGUCCAGUCCAGCGCCAGUUCCUCCUCUGAUAAUCUCGAUGUGACGACGCAAGAAACGCACCCAAAGACUAAGGUUAAGAUGGCAAGCGUGAAGCGGAAGUGGCAGGUGUUCCCAGGGCGUAACAAAUUCUACUGCGAUGGCCGGAUAAUGAUGGCGCAGCAGACCGGCAUCUUUUACUUUACUGUUGGUCUUAUUUUUGUCACAAAUGUGCUUUUCUUUGUCUUUGACUGUCCCUUCUUGGCAAAAUAUCUUACGCCAGCAAUCCCAGCUGUUGGAGCUCUCUUGUUUAUCUUUGUGAUGUCGUCCCUCUUCCACACGUCCUUCAGCGACCCAGGGAUUAUCCCCAGGGCGACGGCUGAGGAGGCUAUUUAUACGGAAAAGCAAAUCGAGGUGCCGAAUUCUGGCAAUGUUCCCAGCUAUCGGCCCCCACCACGAACCAAGGAAAUAACUGUCAGGGGCGUAACUGUAAAGCUUAAGUACUGUUUUACCUGCAAAAUAUUCAGACCACCUCGAGCAUCACACUGUUCAAUCUGCGAUAAUUGUGUUGAGCGGUUUGACCACCACUGCCCAUGGGUCGGUAACUGCGUAGGCAAAAGAAAUUACCGGUAUUUCUACCUCUUCAUUAUAUCUCUGGCUUUUCUCUGUGUGUUCAUAUUCUCCUGCGUCAUUGCACAUCUUGUCAUAUACAUGAACAGUGAGGAAAAGACUUUCAUGGUGGCCAUUCAGAAGAACCCAGCAUCUGUGAUAGAAGGUGUCAUCUGCUUCUUCUCGGUGUGGUCCAUCCUAGGGCUGGCGGGCUUCCACACCUACCUCACCACAUCCAACCAAACUACCAAUGAGGAUAUCAAAGGUUCAUUUACUGCUCGUCGUGGCCAAGCUAACUUCAAUCCCUAUGGAUAUGGGAACUUCUGCCUCAACUGCCUGGCUGUUCUUUGUGGACCAGUUCAGCCAAGUCUCAUUGAUCGCAGGGGUGUAGUAACCCUAGAAUACCUUACCACCACCCAAGGAAAGGUCUCAGAAAAUCAAGCACCUUCAAGAAGUUAUGGCACAGUACACACAGUUCAACCUUCGAAUGGUAUAGUGCCACAGCGAGGAGGAUCAGAGGCCCCGGCUGGAAGUCCAGGAGGUGCUGGAGGGGGGACAGGUGCUGUCACCACAGGAGCCCCCAAUGGCAACGUGGCUCCAACACUGAAGAAGAAGUCGGCAUCAUCCCAGUCUAUAAAUGGCAAAGAAGCAGUGAGCAAUAGCCCAACAGGAAUUCAUCCUCAAGUCAGUCCUCUCCCAGCACCUGUGGGUUCCUCAGUAGCACCAGCCCCAGUUCACCCAGUCCCAUCAAGUCCUGUUGAUAGUCUACCAGUGGUAAGCAGCACUGGUGGUGUAGGGGGCACAUCCGGCGUCUCUACCAGCCAGUUGUACCUGCUGGAUAGUUCUUAUGAUCUUGAUUUGGAUUCCAUUGAUGGUUCAGUGUCACAGCCUUCACAUUCUGAGUCUUCUCAAUUGGGCCUGAUUCACAGUAAUGCUGUAUAGCCCCUUGAGGAUGUAGCCAGUACACUUCUUUUUUCUGUAGAAAGUGUCAAACACAAGCUGGAAUGGUGCCCUGCACUCCCUGCUGUAUCUUGUGUAUUUAUCUUAGAAUAUGUGCUUAAAUAAACAUUUUUGGACCCAUUUACUAGUGAUUAUUUUUGGGCAAAUAAACCAUUAUAGUAAUUUAACAAGGAAUGAAAUUUAACCUUGAUUUUAUCAGAUACUUGUGAUAUAAGUUACAUUAUUAUAAGUGGAAAAAAAACAAAUUAGUUUUAAGUGAAUAUGUUUGCAAAGUCUGUGUGUUAAUGUUUUAUCCAAUAGGGAAAGUUUGACUUAUAUCUGUGACUUAAUCAGAUUUUCUGAAGCACAAUCAAAGAAUUAUUUUUGUUAGCUUUUAUUUUUUAGAAUGAUUUUUCCCUUGGAUGUGUAUGCCUGUAGGUGAAUAUAGAAGUUUUUGUUGUGUAUGUCUUAUUUGUUAAUUUUUGUAUGUAUUUAUAGUCAAGUUUAUGACUGAGAAUGUGUCCUGAGCCUUGUACAUGACUUUUUUUUUUUCUUUUCUUUUUUUUUCCUUUUCUUUUUAUAUGGAUGUUUGUAUACAGGAGUGAUAAGUCUUCAUUAAUUUUUUGUUUGAAAGAUUUUGUGUUUUGUCUUGUACUGUAAAUAUACAUCCAUUUGUACACCCAAACAUAGUGUGCACAUGUUUGUACAUAUUCUCAUACUUUUGUAUAUUUGCAUUUCAUAAAUGAAUUUUCUCAUCUUUGUUUAAAAGUUACUGUAGAUAAUGUGCUUUGAAAUGUACUCAUUGACAGGACAAUUUAACAGAUACAUGAUAUUAAAGUCAUGCAACUUUUUUAUCAUAUAUGAUCUAUAGUUUUUGUGUUGAAAACUUAAGUUGGGAAGGAUUCCAGCAGGUGUAUGUGACCAAAGUUUUAUAUUUAAUCAGCCUCAUAAAUUUAGUUACUAAUAUGAACUGUAAGCAGAGCUGUUUUGUAUUUGUAAGGAUUUACCCAGAUAUAUGUUAUGUUCAUACUCGGCAAUUUUUCGAAAGGACAAUGAUUGCAAUUUGUAUAAACGAUACGAACAUAUAUUUUAAUACAGAACAGUGACAAGAUUAAUAAUGAAUGUGGAUAUUCCAAAGCAACAGAGGACAAAUUGAAGGUUACAUUGUAUGGUUGUAGAGUAGGGUAGCAGAAGCCCACUCAUAUAUAAUAGGUUUUGACAGUGAAGAGUUAUUAAUUCAAAACCCUCUCUCUAUGUUUGGGUUAUUCAGAGUUGUGGAAUGGAGUGGACAGUAAGGUGCCACAAUGCAGAAUUAAGGAUUUUUUUUUUUUUUUUCUAAGUGGUUUAUAUUGUUGUGUAUUUGGGUUGAAUUGUUGUCCACAUACACAAGCUGUUAUUUACUUUAUUUCUGUAGAAUGUUUAAAUUUUGCUGUCUAUAGUAGCAGUAAAACAGGACUAAGUUCCUACUGGGGUGAUGUGUUUAGCUCUUUCUAUCCCUACAAUGAAGUGACCAGUAUCUGUUGGAAGUUCUCUGUAUAUCACAGGAAAACUUGAAAAGCAGAACUAUUAUGUAUACACAUCAUUUUGAGUUUGUUUGAACAGCUGAAUUGUUACCAGCUAAUCCCUGUUAUUGAUCAUACUUUUCCCUUUUUCUUUUUUCUUUUCUUUUUAUAUAUAUUUUUUUCUUAUAUUUUUUUUUUCUUUUUUUUUUUUUUAACUGAUUGCAUUUCUGUUAUGUUUAGGUUGUAGUUUACAUUAAGGGUUGUGUGGCCCCUGUUGGUACAGUAACCAGUCAUACUGUAUCAUUCUUGUUCCUCAUACUCUUGGCUUUUGGCAAUAAUUCUGACAGCAGCAACUUGAAUAGUGUAUUGUUGUAUGACUUUAAUUGUCAUUGAAGAGUUAUUGAUUAUGGUAGUCAUUAAAGUGUUUAUUAAAACAAAAACAAAA